UGGAAACGAGCGGCCCGGGUUGUCCCGCUGGGUGGGCGGGCGCGAUUGCACGGGUAACAAAAGUGAGGAAAUCGGAAGGGAAGAAAGAAAACCUGCACCGAUCGUCUCCCCCUCACAUCGCAAAGAGAUUAUGGAGAAUGGAAAGCAGCCAGAUGAUUUUUUGGUGCUAAGGUGUCAGGACGGUCAUACUAGAACCAUAUGGAAGGACUCUGAGUUGAACCAAUCUGAAGUUGACCAACUAAAAGAGGUGGCAGUUACAGAAAACUCUGCGGAUAACUCCGAGGAAUUAGAACUCCUUCUGCGCAGAGUUAAAACUACUGCAACUUUGUUUACCUACUUGAAAUCUAAAGCUAGAAUCAUGACAAUUCCUCAGUUAGCUCAUACAUCUUGUGGUAUCAGACUUCAAGAGGGCAUAGGUUUUGUUGACAAACAUGGUGUGCCUUUAUCCAAUUGGUCUAAGGCUGUUGACGUGUGCUCUUAUGAAGAUAUAGACGGAGAAGCACAGCUGACAAAUUCUCCCAGAUUUCCUGGAUGUGCUGAUGUCUCUGAUCGAGCAUACAUUGAUGAGAUGCUGAGUUCAGUUGGUACUAUAACUGAUGUUAUGGAAUUUCUUGUUAAGAGAUUAAUUAUGGCAGAAACUGAUGCUGCUAAUCAGAAAGAACUAAUGAAGUUGGGAUUAGAAGAAAAUAGAAAGAAAACCCUUCAGAUUGAGAUUAUGUCAGCUAGGGUUGAAGAGAUGGAGAAUUUUGCAUACAGUGCAAAUAGUAUUCUAAGUGAAAUGCAACAGAAGGUUGAGGAUAUGGUUGAAGAAACAGCAAGACAGAGACAACAAGCAGAAGAGAAUAAGCAGGAGCUUCAGCAGGUGAAGCAGAAUUUUGACAGAUUGAGAUCAUUUGCCAGAAGUCUUAUAAGUGUUAGAGUAGCUCUCCUUUCAACAGAGCAGCAAUUUCACUCCGUCGAGGAACUUUUUGACAGGCUAAGUGCAGAAAAUUGUCACUUGGAGAAUGAGAAAGUCCAAAAGGAGGCUGAAGUGCAAAAGCUCAUUGAAGAGAAUGCAAGAUUAAUCACUCUCGUAGACAAGAAGGAGGCUCAAUUGCUGGCCAUGAACGAACAGUGCAAGUUCAUGGCUCUGAGGAGUCCUCACACUUAGUUUAUCGUAUAGUCACAGCAUGAAACCUAGGCCACCUUCACGGCAAUGGAUCACUGAAAGAAGAGCUUUACAGGCAUAAUAAAAGAUGAGGCAUUCGAUCCAAGCACAGCGCUCCAUUCUUUUCUGUCGUCAUUGUCAGCCCAAGUUUUUCGAUCGAUCCAAAUGAAGAAGGAUCACUUCCCGGAAUUAGAUGAAUUGCUGAAUGCAUUAAUCCUGUUACCACACUCCAAAUUCAAUCUCUUUCAAGUGUGGAAAAUAUGAAUGCUCAAUGAUUCAUUGCUUGUCACCUUUGAACUAGUAGCAAUGUGCGUGUUGAAGCGAUAUCGCUAUUCGCUUGAUCUUUA